AUGACCAGCCGUUGUCGCCAGCUCAUUAGCGAUUGGCUCGUGUCCUCUCGUGACGAAGUCGAUCCGUCACUCCUUGCACACAUUCUCCUAGACCUGACAAAGUCCAUCAUCACUAUAUCCAAUGUGCUCGACAUAGUAGGCGCUUGGUGGGACGAGGCAGAAGGCGUCUACCGAGCCAAAUGCAUCGAUCUCUCGACUCAAGUCAUCUCACACAGUCGAAAUAAUCUCGACAAUGUGGCAGUGCAAGCCUUGGUGGAGUUCGUGUCCACCCACCUCGCCGACCCCGCGAUGGUUGCCCCGUGGUUUGAUAUGUUGAGCGUGGUGACAGCCACGCCGUGUUUCAAAAGUCACCAUGCUACCUUGAUUUGCCAAUCCAUCUUUUCGGAAAUUGACAGCAAAAAAUUGAUCCAAUCGACGCGACAUAAAAUCUUUUUAUUUUUUGGAGAAUGCAUUGAGCAUCAUUUGCCAGCCUUGCAAGGACCGGAUCUGAACUUUAUUCCCGGCUUUGUGAACUUUAUGGACGGUGAAAAGGAUCCGCGUAAUUUAUUGGUGGCCUUCGAGCUCAUCCGCGUUAUUAUUGAUAAAUUCGAUAUAUCUCGUCACGUCGAGGAUCUAUUUGAGAUCGUCUUUUGCUAUUUCCCCAUUCAAUUCACGCCUCCUCCCAACGAUCCUUACGGUAUUACCACUGAUGAUCUGAAAGAAAGUCUAAGACGCUGCCUCGCUGCCACACCUUACUUUGCCAAUUUUGCCACUCCUUUGCUCAUCGAAAAACUGGUGACAUGGGCCGGCAGCGCCAAGAAAGAUGUCAUGGACACUAUUGCUCUUUGUGCGUCGACAUAUGGUGCUCACGCACUUUUGCCGCAUGCAUACAACAUGUUUAAUGCGCUUGUCAAAGAGGUGUACUAUGCAUCGGAUGUGGCGAUGGAAAAGGCCGCCUUGGAUACGAUCCAUAGUGUGGUGGCGACCUUGGCUACUGGCAUUAGCAUUGCUAAUAUCCGCGAUCCCGUGGAAAAAGCCAUUGACGCGCUUUUGAAUGAAUGUAUUGAAGAAUUGAAAGAACCGGAAUUAAAGAAAGCCAAAUCGGCCGCUUACAUUCUUCGUGCAGCCGCUUCCGCAUCCGAUCCCGCUUGUACUUCGGUGGCUCAUGCGGCUAUUCCGCUUCUUUAUCAGCAGUUCAAGAUCACGGAUCCUGCCAGUCGACAAAAGGCCAUUCUUGACAUUUUUAUCGAAAUCCUCGAAGCCAGCAAGAGCCAAUAUGGAUCUGUGGAUGAUGUCAAAUCACAACGCGAUCUGCAAACGCCCUUGUUAAUGUACAAGCAGCAAAUUCUCCAAGUGUUUGUUUUAUCACUGAUAGGCAAGCAAGCCACCGAUCGUCAGCUGAGAUAUUCUAGUCUUCAGGGCAUACGACUGAUGGCCAUGGAUAUCACCGUCAAUCACCUGACACGUUUGCUCACCAUCGAUGAUCCACCACUACGAGAACUUGCAUUAUCGACGUUGGUGGUUUUAUCCAAACGCAACCCUACUUCGAUUGCUCGAUACACUUUUCCCGAUCUUAUCAGUCAACUUCCGGAUGGGGAUCAUCCCGUGUUUGAUCAUUAUGCCGAUGCGCUAUCGUCCAUUGAACAUCUGGCCCGAUUACCCUCUCUCUUUACCGCCAUUGUCCAGCCCUUGGUCACUAAAUUUGAUUGGGCGGUUCAGGAACACACAGAUACCAAGGUGAUGGCGUAUGCUUGCGCCCUAGCUAAUUGUAUCUCUCGAUUGUUAUCCGUGGUCAUUACGGAUGCCGAGGUCUUGCAGUUGGGACAAACGAUGCUCUUGCCUUAUAUUUUGACAAACUGCGUCAAAGCCUCUUUGAGUCCACCGACUUGCUCCUGGUAUCUCCCUGAUUCCGUCGUGAACAUUCUGGCCUCUAUACUCGCCAUCAUUGUUAGAAAAUCCAACGCAAGCAUGCAAAAUUCCAUCAUGGCGGAUACUUUCAACUUGUUUGUUCGAGGCGACACGAGUGUAUUGGGGUUACCACCUACACCGACGUUUGCCAACAAACUCUAUGAUCCAAUUAUGGAAGAUUCCAUCCCUGAUAUCACCAUAUUAUUCACAGCGAUUAUAGGCAACAGCCGACGCGAUGUACAAUACCUGCCCGCCGGUGAGGUUGCCGAAUUCCUCGACAAUAUUGUGCACACCAGUUUACGGAUACCGUGCCUGAUUAAAGUGCAAUCACUCGCCAUGGCGACGGCGUGUAUCGUUAAUAAAUAUAUUCGUGAUGAUAUUGUCCCGUCCAUUCGCCGUUUAUUCCUAGAACUCAUUAAUAACUUUAAUACCACGGUGAAAAGUCAACGACAGGGAUCCUUCCUUAUGACGACUUGGUUGGUAAAAGGACUGCUGGUACGAGGCCACAGCCUGGGAUUCGAACUGCUGGACAGUAUCGUGAAUCAGUGUCAAUCGCCCCAUUUCGGAAAGGAGGCGGCCCAAAGUUUCGCAGUCAUUCUACGCCAAGAUGAUUUUUUACUAAAUAAGGCGUCCCAUGCUACACUUUCUAUCUUGUAUAGACAACGCGUUUUCAACCACUGCUUAUCGCCGUUACUGCAAGGCGCGGCUUCCGAAAAUCAUGAAAUCCAAUUCAGCUGUUUGGUUGCAUUAACGGACAUCUUGUCGAGCGUUCCAUCGCAGAUUGCAGCCAAUGACGUGACGAGGCUUAUGCCGUCGAUCAUCGCGUCACUGGAGUUACACGAUACGCACAUGAAUUUGAUCAUGAUUGCGGUGAUACAGAACAUUGUGCCUGCAGCAGCGGGCCCAGCUGCACAACUAGUAGAACCUGUCAUACGAGCAUUAAUAUCACUGACCCGCGAUCGACCCACGGCAGUACGGAUUGCCGCUGUGCAAUGUCUCACUCAUUUUGUCAAGGCAUGCCCAGCCGAAACUGUUAAGCCUUUUGCUGGCAUGGUUGUACGAGCCUUGGCCGCCGUUCUUGAUGAUAAGAAGCGCUUGGUACGAAGAGCGGCCGUGGAUUGUAGGGAACAAUGGUUUGCCAUGGAAUCCCGUUAG